UAGCAAAAAAAAAAAAAAAAAAAAAAAAAAACAAUCCUUUGGAGAUAUAUUUUUCCAAGGUAUUUUCCGUCUGUACUUGCCGUUUGGCAAAGCUGAGAAGCUCAAGAUAUGGCGUGCAUACUAUCAUCUUCUUCUUCACCAGCUCCGUUAACUCGGACCCAUCUCUCUUUCGAGUUGCUUCCGGCUCGUUCUUCUUCAAGUUCGCUCGCAUGGGUUUCCACGUUUCCAGCCAUAAACAUAUCCACCAUCAAAGACCCUCCCUUUUAUCCACUCAACAAGUCAUACACUGAGCUCUUUAUCGAAGAUAAGGAUAAAUUCGGAAAAUGAAUCUUAAUGCCUUCUAUAAAAACCCUAAUUUCCGUCAUCGUGCAGCUUCAGACUGCCGGCUACCCUCCUUCAGCCCCAAGUUAGAAACCAAUCGGUGCCGGAAAAUUGUAUCAUCCUCCGAUUGUUCGGCGGGAAUUCAGUUAAAGACACCAAUUUCUUCUUUGUUUCUUGUUUUCCCGGAAACCAGAAGCAAAGAGGAUAAGGUGGUAAAAUUGUCACGGUGAGAGAAAAAAAAAAAAAAAAAUUGCUUUCUGCACGUUAUAGAGAAGUUAUUUUGUAUUUGAUCGUUGGUCUGUAAAGCCCUCUAUGUGGUGAGAGGGAGAUGGAGGAAGUGGAUGAUAUAAAGAAGCCGAUAUUUAGGGACAUAAGGCGCUAUUUCUGUGACUACUGUGGUAUUUGUAGGUCUAAGAAGUCGCUGGUUGCUGCUCACAUGCUCACUCAUCACAAGGAAGAAGUAAACAAGGCAAGGUCUGAUGGAGAUGGGGAUGCAGGGGGGUUAAAAGCAUCCAAUACGUGCCCAGAAUGUGGUGUUAGCUUCAAGAAACCUGCAUAUUUGAAACAACAUCUGCAAAGUCAUUCUCUUGAGAGGCCAUAUAGAUGUUCAGUAGAAGGUUGUCAUUCCAGUUAUAGAAGAAAAGACCACUUGACUCGCCAUCUUCUUCAGCACCAAGGAAAACUUUUUAGGUGUCCAAUUGAGAACUGCAACCGUGAGUUCGCUAUCCAAGGAAACGUGAAGAGGCAUGGCAGACAACUCCAUGACGAGGAUCGGCCCUCAACUACUCAGAAGCAGUAUGUGUGCCAGGAAAUUGGUUGUGGAAAGGUGUUUAGAUUUGCAUCAAGGCUACAAAAGCAUUUGGAUUCCCAUGUUAAGUUGGAUUCAGUGGAGGCAUUCUGCUCAGAGCCAGGCUGUAUGAAACCAUUUACUAAUGAGCAAUGCCUUAAGGCCCAUCUACAAUCCUGCCAUCAACAUAUUACCUGUGAGAUAUGUGGAACCAAGCAACUGAGAAAGAACAUUAAAAGGCACCUCUGUGCACAUGAUACAAAAGACUCAACGGAGAGAGUUAAAUGCAACUACAAGGGUUGUGAUCAUACAUUUUCAAAUAAAUCAAAUCUUCAACAACAUGUGAGGGCUGUGCAUCUUAAGAAAAAACCCUUUGUCUGGGGCUUCUCGGGUUGCAGCAUAAGAUUUUCAUACAAGCAUUUGAGAGAGAACCAUGAGAAGACUGGAGCUCAUGUUUGCAUUCAUGGAGAUUUUGGAGAGACGGAUGAGCAGUUCCGUUCAAGGCCAAGAGGUGGACGGAAGAGGAUACCUAGUGUAGAAAUGCUGGGGAAGGUCACACCACCAGAUCAAUCUGAAGAGGGUGCCGAAUACCUUUCUUGGUUGGCACAAGAGAUUCAGGGCGAUGCGUGAGUAAUGGCCUGUAUAGCUAUACUAAUCUUAUCACUAGUAAACUAGCUUUUGAUAGUCAAAGUAGUAUGUAUAAUGUAUAGUAAUCGUCCUGUAGUUCUCGCUUUUGUUCUUCAAUGUAAUGUUGUAAAUUUUGGUUCCCAGUGGAUUAGAGAAAACAUGAAUUUAAUUAUUAAAAUAUUUUGGAAAUACUCAAAGCAAAAAAAGGCAACAUUCUUGGAAAUCAUGAUUUUCUGUUUUAUGUAUUUUCCUAGUUCAUAAUA